AUGACUAACCAAGCUGAUCGGCAUCGUUGUAAAUCCACGAAUUCCACACUAUGUCCCGGAAGCAUGGACGUGCUCAAAGGUGUCCCAUCUAUUUGUAAAUUUCUCUUUAUACUCGCAGGUGUUGUUGCCCUCGUUGAAGUGAAAUCCAGUUUGGGCAAUCCGGCAUUGGCCAUUUCCUCUCGACUUCAGUAUUUGGGCGCGACUGUGGCACGCACGUUGGGUCCAUCAGUCACACAUGUUGUGUUUCGCAAUGGUUCUGAGAGUCUGCUGGCCGCGGCCAAAAAAGCCAAGAAGCACAUAGUCACACCCGCCUGGGUGAAAGCGUGUCAAACGUAUAAUUUCCGUGUUGUUGAAUCAUCGUUUGCGGUGACCGAAAAACAAGACAUUACAAUGCUGGAGGUGUCGCACGAUGCCACGGCGGGAACUGCUGAGUCUGCUCCCCUUGAUAGAUUACUCGACCCGAGUAGUGUGCCACGUAUGUUAGUCAUUUUGACCUAG